AUGUUGUUGACGAUUGAGGUGGCCAGUGGUAUUGACAAAGUCAAAUGGUUGAUGAGUGAUGAGAGUUUUGCAAUCAGCUCACAAGGUUGCGGGCAGGAGCGCAACCAAGCGCACUUAGUUUCAGUUGAAGUGGGUGCCUUCAUUCCCAAGUCCAUGUUGCCCCAGCCCGAAGCCGCCACGAUCAUCUGCCGCGUCAAUGGGAAGACGGUGGCGCAAGAUGCCACGAAUCGGAUGAAGUUCUCCAUCGCAGAACAAGUAGCGGAUGCCAGUGAGCUGACGCCUCUGAAGCGGGGGGACAUCCUUCUGACGGGAGCAGGAUCCUUAGGGCCCUUGGCCAUCGGUGAUUUGGUGGAGGGUUGCAUUGAAGGCUUGGAGUCCAAGUAUACCGUGAGCAGCACAUUGAUUUUAAAAGCCCAGCACAAAAGAAAGGCUGCGGAAGCCAAACUCUGA